AUGGUGGGACAACCUAUUCAACUCAUCCAGCUUAUUCAAUCUUCCAAGUUCUCACCAUUCACAGCCAAUUUUCAGUUCCAACCUGCAAUCAUGUCAUCGCCUACCAAGCGAACAGUCCUCAUCACAGGAUGCUCCCAAGGGGGUGUCGGUAACACGCUGGCACUCGCAUUCGCAGCCCAAGGCCUGCGCGUCUUCGCAACCGCCCGUUCCCUUAAGUCGGUGGCGAACCUCACAGAAAAGGGCAUCGAAACGCUCACGCUCGACGUGACGAGCUCGCAGAGUAUCGCUAGUGUAAAAGAGGAGAUUUCAAGACGUACAGGCGGUACCCUUGACAUUCUGUACAACAAUGCGGGUGCUCUCUACGAAGCGCCAGCAGUAGAAGCAGACUCCUACCGCACCCGCCAAAUGUUCGACGCCAACGUCUUCGGCCUCUUCGACAUGGUGACAGCCUUCACCCCGCUCCUCCUCGCCGCCGUCUCCACCUCCCGAUCUUCCCAGCAACCCACAAUCGUCAACGUCGCCUCCGUGCUCGCCCGCCUCCCGGGGCCCUUCACGUCAGGCUACAACGCCACAAAGGCCGCCGUCGCGGCCUACUCUGACACCCUCCGUCUCGAGGUCUCGCCCCUCGGCCUGCGCGUGCUGACGGUCUACAUGGGCGAGGUGGCCACCUCCAUCAUCCAGGCCAACAAUAUCAGCUUCGACAGGGACAGCCUGUACGUCGACGCCGAGGAUAAGGUGCGGGAGCGCAGCGCCACGCACGAGAAGACGACGACGAAGCCUGAUGAGUUUGCGAGGCAGGUCGUGCCGCUUGUGCUCAAGAGCGGCGGGAGCCCGUAUGUGUGGAAGGGUACGAACGCGUGGCUUGUUUGGUUCUUGAAUGCGUUUGGGCCGAGGACGGUGUUUGAUGGGACCAUGAAUGCGGGGGCGGGGUUGGACGAUGCGGUGAUUAAGAACAAGAUUUUCCAAAGAGGCCAGGAAAAGGUUAAAAAGGCCUAG